UACAUCUUUUUUACAACGGCCGUUUUUCAGGUUACCAGUGGCCAGGACUACAGCAUAACAGCAAUUACAGAUCUGACAGAACCUCUCGAAAAUAAUACCAGCUGGAAAAUGAUGACUAACUCGGAGUGGACAAAGACGUACAACGACGAAUACGUGUCUGGUUUCAGCGACUUGCUUCUAGUACUCAACAACGCGUCCUCCCGGGUAAUUGUUAGUUCCAACUGGACCUUUGCAUUCGAGAUGUCGCCGUCGGAGUCCUGUGAUUGGGAGAGCGCCUACGAUUUGAGACAAAUGAGCAUACCAACUAUACUCAACAAAAGCGAUUCAACUCUUAUACCAGCUGGGCUUGAUUUCUACAAGGUUAUUUAUCCUAUCAACGACAGUAGCCAGUACAACCUCGAUGUCCAGCGCCUGUGGCCCAAAUUUGACGAAGUGAGAGUACCGGAUCGAUACCAUAGCCAGCUGAGCCUUUGUAAAGGAACUGGCUGGCUCGCCCGACCCACGCAUACCUCUUUUCACGUCAAUUACGCAUUUGCUAGAGUUCGCCCGUACGCUAGCAAGGUACAGAUCGGACUUCCGUUCCUCGCGGUUGUAAUACUUUCGAACAUGGUGAAGAUCGUUGGCAUUUUCUUGACUAUCCGCACAUGUUCUUCCGGGCACAUCUUCACUGUCGGCGAUGCUGUCGCUACAUUCCUGGGAAAUCCAGAGGUUAUCACCAAGGGCAAGUGUAUGCUCUCGCAGCGUGAACUUUCUAAACAAUGUGAAACGCCUCGACCACAACCAUGGCAUGUUAAGAAGAAACAAAUCCUUUCCACGCUUGGCGGAAAGCGAGCCUGGACCAGUGCAAAUUUCAUGGUAUCGAUGAUUCUGGCUACAAUAUUUCUGACUUUGGCCCUCAUGAGAUCAGGGAUGCCAAUAGAAUGGGGCACAGCAUCUGAACUCAUACUCCCAGCCAUCGUGACGAGUUUCGAUGCCCGCGGCGCCAUGCUGGUCGCCUGGCUAGCAAAUCUGCCACAAGCCCGGCAACUCUAUUUGGAGGGAACUGGAGAUCCAUCAAUGCACGUGGAUAGAAGUGCAUGGCACCACGUCUUCCUGUUAGCAGAUGCACAAGUACUACAAGAUCUGGAUAUCCACCUGCUAAAAGUCGCAGCAGCGGAUUACUACGCUGUUGCUGCUGUGCCUAAAAAUCGGCGGUCUGGUUCGCGGCGUUACUUGGGAUGGAUACCAUGCCAACGACAGCCGUUCUGGACUUACACAGCGAACUGGACACGUUCCUAAUUGCGCAAAUUGUCAAUCAAGCAUCUAGUGGGCCAGGAACUGCUGGUAAGCCGGGAGCAUUCU